UUCCGGGUUGGGCCCCUGUAUACACACGUCUCCUAUCCGUUUUCCAAGACUGAACAUCUCACUCCGACAUUGUGGUGGGCCGAGCUGCAAACUUGGGAACGCCGAACUCAUGGUCGAUCUUUCCUGUCAACAUGGACUCUUCGCUUGCACAGCUACCUACAGCUGAGGCGAUGCCAGCCCAGAGAUCCUCAGUCAAAUGUGACAGGAGAAAGCCAUGCUCUAAGUGUAGAAUAGCUGGUGUAGAUUGUUUGACUGUUGGUAACGGAGAGAGGGCCCGGCCUGCCUCGAAAAAACAUGUUCAAGAUCUGGAAGUUCGCGUGAAAAACCUCCAGGGCUUUAUUGAAAGGCUUGCUACUGCCGAUGAAGCGACUAGGAUCUCGCUGCUGUCCAACGCGGCAGUCGAUCAGUCACCAGGUUCCGGAGCGCCGGUCAUGUCACCUAAUACCAGCAACACAGUACCAGAUCUACAAUUCCCGUUCUCCGCGAAAGAUGAAACAUGCCGAAAGCUAAUGGCAACGUUCUUCCAGAGUUGCUACUUUUUCCACAUGUAUAUCUACCGAGAGUGGUUUCUAAGAGAUUACGACGCUGGUGAUGGCCCCUACUAUUCGGACCCUCUCAUGUUCGCUAUUUGCGCCAUCGGGUCUCUCAUUUCAUUAGAUCCUUCACAUCGACGAUUAUCUUCAAUUUUUACGAAGAAGGCCGAGUCUCUAGUAUGGCAAUCUCUUGAGCUCCCGGACAUCACCAUUCUCCAAACUUUGAUGGCCCUUGGGCAACUCGAAAUUGGCCAGGGAAGGAGCUCUAAGGGAUGGCUAUACUGCGGCAUGGCCUUUCGGCUUACUCACGAGAUGGGCUUACACAUUGACCCAAAUAACUGGACGGCUAGUAAGUCCGAGUCUUCGGUAGAUCGUGAGAUUUUGCGAAGAGUGUAUUGGGCUGUAUUCGCCGCGGAUAAACAGCUUAGCAUGUACUUUGGGCGUCCACCUGCUCUGUACCCCUAUGAAGCCGACGUGAGGGAUACAAUUAGAAUCCCGUACCCACCGGAAUGGGAGGACUUACUACGUCGCUACAUCUGCAAGAAUACUUCACCUCUCAAGUUCGAGGAUGGUAUUCCUCGUGUGGCCUCUCUCAUCCAUCAAAUCGAGCUUGCUAAGAUUUCACACACUAUGAUCGUCGAAGUCUUUCAGAACCGGCGACGACAAGCUGCGGAUGAGACAGAGGCGGCUGCUGCAGCACAUCAGGUGCAUCUACUGCUUGUAAAAUGGCUGUCUGAACUUCCUCAGAUGCUACACUGGAAUCAGUGGACUGUAGGCCGAGUGCCGUCGUAUGUGCUUCAUCUUCAUAUGCUCUUCCACACUUCCAUGAUCAUUUUAUAUCGGCCACCCAGACAGCACCUUGACGAGGCUAUGAUAAAUAGUGAAGAUGUCGAAAUAUGCUACCAGUCACUGUCUGCGCUACUCCGACUAUUGAAAAGCUAUGGGUCAUACUACCGUUUUGAUAUACUUCCACUAGACUUCGUGCAAACUUUAGCGACAGCAGCUGAGGUGGUUAUGAUGCGAAGAUACAUAGAUAAGGCAUCAUGGAACGACAAAGAAAUAGCGGGGCCCAUCGCCCAAAUACUUGAAGCGAUGGAGGCAAUCCAGCGGGUAUUCCCCUGCAUACAAGAAAUAAAAAAUAGCAUACUUCGUAGCAUCCAGGCUGGUAAAGAUUCGGAAAGUCAACAGAUGUUGGAAACAAACGGGCUGGAACUUGACAUCAUGGACAUGCUACAUCCCGGUGCAGCUCCCCUUAACGGAGAUGCCUGGGGCUCCAUGGAUGCACAGAGCGCUACUAGUGCUGACCUUGGGUUUCUUGUGACAGAUGAUUUUCUCAACCAGCAUUAUGCAAGGAAUGGAACUGCACAUUGGAUUUGAUUACGAUAUAAACUAAGUAGUAAUCAUUCUUCUGUU